AUGGAAUCAAAAAUAAAAAUAGAAGAUUAUACCAAGGGCUCAUCUAAAAAAGAUCUCGCAGUCAAAAUCAAUAAAAAAUUACAAGAUAGUAUAUGGAAUUUUCUACUUAUUGAUGUAGAUGAUUUAAAAAAAAUUAAUACCGCGCAUGGCCAAUCAGGAGGAGAUGAUGCUUUAAAUAAGCUCCGUACUAUAAUGGAGGUAUUUCUUACGAAAUAUUUUCGUUUAAAAAACUUGGAUCCUAAACGCGAUAUUAUUCCCGCACGAUACGGUGGAGAUGAGUUUAUUAUUGUUAUUAAUGCCGAAAAUAUAGAUGGACUAAAAUUUGCCAAAACCCUUCGUGCUUAUGUUGAGAAAUUUUUCGAAUUUCGCGAAGAAAAACAUACGGUCAGCAUUGGAUUUUCCUCGUCGGCAAAUGAACAAACUUUUAAUGAUUUGUAUUAUUCAGCAAGCAAAGGCUUAACUCUCGCAAAAUCUAACGGUAAAAAUCGAGUUGAGGUUUUGAGACUUAACGAAAGUGAGGAUAGCCUAACUACUAUAUUGAGAAGAAGAAAUGAUCUUAAAAAACAGUGGGAAGAAUGUAAUAAAAAGAAGGAAUUAAUUCUUAAGGAAGAUAAUCUAUUGAAGAAAAAAUUGGUAGCAAUAUAUUAUCGUGGACUAUCUGACGAGUCGGUCUCGUCGCAUGCUAAAGAAAAAAACCCCAGAACAUAUUUACAAUCCAUACAUCAGACUCGAAUUUUAGAACAUGGUAGUUCGUCCACACUGCUAAUUCAUAUACUAACAUCUGAAUUAGAUGUAGAAAAAUUAGUCAUGCCAUCAACAUCGCCAAAUCAAAUAAGAACUUUAACAUCUAGCGUUACAUUACUACCUACUCCGCAGUCACAAGGAAUAACUCCUAAACUGCCUAUAACAUUGAGGAAAAGAAAGGAUACGAUGCAGAUUGAAGAAGAAACAAAUCAUGAUCUAAUGCUUCACCCACACCUACCUAACGCAACCUA